AUGGGUUGGAGAGUUUGCAUGGACUAUCGCAAGCUUAACACUACUACUUGCAAGGAUCACUUCAUGGUGAAGGAAGGGAUCGUCCUCGGGCAUAAAAUCUCUGAAAAGGAGAUUGAGGUCGAUCAGGCGAACAUCAAUGUGAUUUCAAAGCUUCCUCCACCUAUCUCAGUCAAGGGUGUCCGGAGCUUUUUGGGACACACUGGUUUCUAUAGGCAUUUCAUCAAGGAUUUCUCAAAAAUUGCUGACCCAAUGUGUAAACUUCUUGAAAAAGAGGCUAAGUUUGAAUUUGACGAGAAGUACCGCAAGGCAUUCGAUGAAUUGAAGGAGCGUUUGACCACAACUCCUAUUAUUAUUUCUCCAGACUGGUCUCUGCUGUUCGAGUUGAUGUAUGAUGCGAAUCAUGCUACAUUGAGGUACCUAAUAGCAAAGAAGUACCUAAUAGCAAAGAAGGAAGCUAAGCCGCGGCUGAUCCGAUUGGGUGCUGUUACUGAGAAUCCGAUUGCUGACCAUCUCUCUCGGCUUGAAGAAGCCGGGAGAUCUUCAGGUGAGCUAGACAUUGAUGAUGCAUUUCUAGAUGAGAGGGUGUUGGCUGUGUCAAUAGAGGUGGCACCAUGGUAUGCAGAUAUUGCUAACUAUUUGGUAACAUGUAUAAUUCCAGAGGAGAUCAAGUCCUACCAAAAGAAGAAAUUCUUACGGGAUUCUCGUCAAUACUACUGGGACGAGCCUUACUUGUUCAGAACAUGCGCUGAUAACAUCAUUCGGCGCUGUGUUCCCAAAAGUGAAGUGAUGGCUAUUCUAAAGGCAUGCCAUGACUUCCAGUUAGGGGUCAUCAUAGUGGUAACCGGACUGCUGCUAAAGUUCUUGAAUGCGGUUACUACUGGCCUACUCUCUUUCAUGAUGCAAAUCUAUUGGUGCAGUCUUCUGAUCAGUGUCCGAGGCAAUGGAGCACAGUAUAUCUUGGUUGCUGUGGACUAUGUGUCGAAAUGGGUAGAAGCGGUGACUUUACCUAAUAAUGAGGCCAAGAGUGUCAUGGGGUUCUUAAAGAAAAACAUAUUUACUCGAUUUGGUACUCCGAGGGCGAUGAUCAGUGAUGGUGGUUCUCACUUUUGCAACAGAGCCUUCGCGGGAUUGAUGGAGAAAACUGAUUGGGCCCACAAGCUCGAUGAUGCUCUAUGGGCUUAUCGGCCUGCUUUCAAGACUUCGAUUGGGACUUCACCUUUCAAGCUAGUGUUUGGCAAAGCUUGUCACCUGCCAGUUGAACUUGAACAUAAGACUAUGUGGACCUUGAAGAAAUUGACCAUGGAUUGGAAAGAGGCGACCAAACUCAGGUUGUUUCAACUUAAUGAGAUGGAUGAAUUCCGGUACCAGGCGUAUGAAAGUGCAGCACUGUAUAAAGAGAGGAUGAAACAGUAUAAUAAUAAGAAAAUCCUGAAGCGAGAAUACUACAAGGGUGAUCCUGUCCUGAUGUUUAACUCUCAGUUGAAGCUACUACCGGGCAAGCUAAAAUCAAGAUGGUCCGAUCCUUUUGAGGUGGUAAGUGUCUCACCCCAUGGAGCGAUUGAAUUGAAUUCUGGAGAUGGAACUCGAAUAUUUAAGGUGAACGGGCAGAUGGUGAAGCACUACCAUGGUUGCAUUGAUGGGGAUAGAAUUAUUGACCGAUAUCGGUUGAAGCAACUAGGAACGAAUGCUGACCCGGAGAAUCCUGACCAGGAGUAA